CUUCCCCUUCAAUUUCGCUCCAAACUUCAAAAGGAUAAAUGGAGAAAGGAAAUAAAAAAUCGUUGGAAGGAUCAAAAUCUGGAAAAAAGUACAAGAAGAUCAAGGCUGAAGUUGAAACUACUAAGGGCAAGGAGACUCAAGAAAAGGGUGUUCAAGAGAAUGAACAGCAAAAACAAUUGCAAGAUGAAGAGAAAGAUCUCGAAGAUGAAGAGGAAGAUCAAGAAGAAAAAAAAGGAUAAAGAUAAAGAAGAGGAAGAGAAUGUAGAUAAAGAAGAUAUGACAAAAAAGAAGGUUAUUGAAAAGACUCUUAAAAAGAGUCCAAAAAAAUAUCGACUAAAGGUUGUGGUCGAAAAUAUGGAGGACAACAAGAGACGAAAAAGGCAAGCAAAACCAACCAAGAAAAUUUUGGAAAACGCAAAAAACAAAAACAAGACAAAAAGAAGGUAUCUCCAAAUGUGUCUACCAAGGUGUCUCCAAGCAAAGCUACAAGGCAUUCUCCAAGGUGGAAUGACGACACUUCAAGUUUUGAUCUCAAAAUAUCACAACUUUGAUUGACAACAGAUAGACUUGUUUAUUGACAAUAGAUAGACUUUUGCUUGACAAUGAUGGUUGCUUCUUUCUUUCUUUCUUUCUUUUUUUUUUUUUUUUUUUUUUUUUUUGACAAUAGAUAGGCUUCUGUGAUAAUUAGACAAUGAUUGUUAUGCUUUUGGAAAUUAGA